CCCAUCCAGUCGUGUUGUGUUCCGCAUUACCGGAUCAGUAUCAAAAUGAAUGCGGCUACUCUCUCACUGGUGUUCUUUAUCUUCUUUGGUGUGACUGCUGAGCUUUGUGAAGGAAGGAUAGGAGGAGUAACCGAGCGUUGUUUAUGCUCAAAAACAACCUUACAAAAAAGAGUAAAGCCUGCACUUGUGCAGUGGAUUAACAUUUUUCCUCCAAGUGCAUCCUGUUCCCACACGGACAUAAUAAUCACUCUGAAAGCUGGAAGAAAGCUAUGUCUGGAUCCCAAUGGAAAACAAGGCAUGGGGAUUUUGAGUGUACAGAAGCAAAAGAAAAAGACCAAGAAACAAAGAGGAAAGAAGCAGAAACAACAGCAAAACUGAAAUGCACAGCUAAUUACUUCUAAUAGAAAGCAGUCUGUUAUUCAUUUACUAGGAUUAGCAAGAAGAACAUGUAACAAUCAAAUACGCAGUAUAUCUCUUUAAUUUUAAUCUUGAAAUUUGUAAUGUUUCAAUCAACACUGUCAUUUUCUACAUGGGACUAUGCAAAUAAAAUGUCUCCUAUCUUCCAAUCUACUGUUUAAGCCUGCUGGUUAUGUGUUUAAUUGACAUAAGCUAAUAAUUACUAUAAUUGGUGGACAAAUCACUCAUGUAUUCCUUAACCCAUUAAAGUAAAAAUAAAAUACAA